GUUGACCGAGUAACAUUGAUAACCAGAAAAGGAAAAGAUCAUAAAUCAAAUAAACAAGAAGAAAAUCUGCAAAAAUGUUAACCUUACGACUGGCUCUUCAGUUCAUUCUGCUUGGCCUCGUACUAGUUUCGGGAAAGUUUCGCUAUUACAGGAAGUUUAGAUACUCCCCGGAGCUGAUAAGCGAACUGAAAGACUUUGAAAAACUAAUACCCACUGUCACCAUCGACGAAUUAGUCGCCGAGCACAUGAUUACGGACUCGGGCUUUCGCAAAGCCAUCAAGUUUUUGCGCAGCUCCGAUUUCAAAAUAUUACAGCGCCGCACUGAGUCUCUUCCAGAAGUUGUGGAUCUGAUUAAUUUUGUGCACCUGAAUGAUACGAUCCAAAGAAAAAAGCACCAUGACAAUUACAACCGAUUACGGAGGUCAGUUGGAAACGAUAUCGGAGAGGAGAUUAUUUUGGUGCUACUUGAACCGAUCUAUGAGACCAGACAGUUGAGUUCUUUUACCAGCUUUGUGCAGGAACUACUCACACAUCUGCCCCGAGAUCGAUUUGUGGCUUUGAUCAAUGAAAAGCGACAGAAAAGUGCUAUAUUUGCAGAAUUCUAUACGGCAUUGAAAAGCGCUGAGUUUAAGACAAAAUCUGAAGCAGCUUGGAACACCCCCAAUGUCCAAAGCGUGGUUAGAGAGCUCUCAGGACAUUCCAUCAAUAUGCAGGAACUGAAAACGAUUGGCUAUGAAGUCAUCUCCUGGGGUCCAACGUAGUGUGAGAAAUGCCUGACAAGUUAAGCCUAAUAAAAUCGGAACUUAUCAUGUGUCGAGUUCUACGGCCACCUGUAUAAAAAUAUGUGGCUAAUAAAAAUUCCAGCUGGGCUCUCCAUUCAUGCCAAAAGGCCAACGCCGCCUGAUAAUAAACGAUAGCCGGAAAAUGCA